CAGAAUCUUGUUGGAGCCAAGUAAGGAGGUCCUUCUCCUCCCCCCUCGCUUUUUAAAGGCGCUCGUGAAAUAUAAGCUCAGAAAACAAACCGAGCGAUCACAGCGGCAGCCCGGGCGGCAGCAGCAGGAGGAGGAGGAGCAGGAGGAGGAGGCAGAGUUGGAGUUGGGCAGACGCUGAGGAGAGCUAGCUGCAGGACGCUGCGGAGUUGCAGGGCUCCGCGCAGCUCCAUUCAUUAAGUAGCUGCGGAGGAUCGUGGCGGGACGCCGACGCUGCCCACUCGCAAACUCCAGCACGCAGACGCACGCCAGCCGGACGCGUCCGGAGCAGCACAGUUCGGCAAAAGUUCCUGCUCGGGAUUUGGCUCUCUUCCCCUUGGACUAGCGAACAGUUUGGGGUUGAGAGGAAAGCAGAGGCGCCCAGAGGGGAAACCUACCCGCGUCUGCAGUUGGAACUACUCCGCCGGGCUGCACUCUCGCCGCCGCGUCCAGAGCCCGCAGACCCGCUCCUGAGCAGCGGCGGCCCGCAUCGCCCCGGGAGGCUCCCCGCAGCCAGCGCCAUGCAAAGCUACAAGUACGACAAGGCGAUCGUCCCUGAGAGUAAGAACGGCGGCAGCCCGGCGCUCAACAACAACCCGAGGAAGGGCGGCAGCAAGCGGGUGCUGCUCAUCUGCCUGGACCUCUUCUGCCUCUUCAUGGCGGCUCUGCCCUUCCUUAUCAUCGAGACAAGCACCAUUAAGCCUUACCGUCGAGGGUUUUACUGCAAUGACGAGAGCAUCAAGUAUCCCCUGAAAGUCAGUGAGACUAUAAACGACGCUGUGCUCUGUGCGGUGGGGAUCGUCAUCGCCAUCCUGGCGAUCAUUACAGGGGAAUUCUACCGGAUCUAUUACCUCAAGGAGAAGUCCCGCUCCACCAUUCAGAACCCGUAUGUGGCGGCUCUCUAUAAGCAAGUGGGAUGCUUCCUUUUCGGCUGUGCCAUUAGCCAGUCCUUCACCGACAUCGCCAAAGUGUCCAUCGGGCGCCUGAGGCCUCACUUCCUGAGCGUCUGUGACCCUGAUUUCAGUCAGAUCAAUUGCUCCGAGGGCUACAUUCAGAACUACAGGUGCAGAGGAGAAGACAGCAAAGUACAGGAGGCCAGGAAGUCCUUCUUCUCGGGCCACGCCUCCUUCUCCAUGUUCACUAUGCUGUACCUGGUGCUCUACCUCCAGGCCCGCUUCACCUGGCGCGGGGCCCGACUGCUCCGCCCCCUCCUGCAGUUCACUUUGCUCAUGAUGGCCUUCUACACGGGAUUGUCACGGGUAUCUGACUACAAGCAUCAUCCUAGCGAUGUCCUGGCAGGAUUUGCCCAAGGAGCUCUGGUGGCCUGCUGCAUAGUGUUCUUCGUGUCUGACCUCUUCAAGACUAAGACGACCCUCUCACUGCCCGCCCCUGCGAUCAGGAGGGAGAUCCUGUCUCCCGUUGACAUCAUCGACAGGAACAAUCACCAUAACAUGGUGUAGGUGCUGCGGCCUCCGGAGCGCUUUCUCUGAAGCGACUGCUUGAUGGCACGUUCCUGCUGCUCUCCGAUCUCAUCAGACAGUAGAAUGUAGGGAAAAGCUUUUUGCCCGAUGGAUUUUGAAAACAUUUAAAGAAAAAGAAAAAAAAAAGCCUUAUCUUGUGGCCUUCCAAAAUAGGUUGUUUGCCUGUGUGGAGACAACAGUGCCGGAGUCCUGAGUGCUGGCUGUGCAGCCAGUUAAGUGUUCAUGUUCUAGUGAGCACGGGCUUGUCAGGAGCAAAACACUAGAAUAAUUGAGCAGAGGCUGGGGUCAUCUUUUGUGACCUGAGAAAUCCCAGGCCAGAACAGCUGGAGCUCUUAUGUAGCACACAAGGCUCGAACCAGCACUGAAUCAGCCCCUCUACCCACCCCACUCUACUGUGACUUUGAUUCAAGGAAGUUUUUCUUUUUUUGUGCCUCGAAAUUCCGGGAAUGGGCACACAAUUUUUCAGUCCCGUGAUCAGAUCCUGAAUCCCAACCCCCAAGACCUGAGGCCUCUGUCAUCUCCCCAUCCCCAGGCUAACAACCACAGCCCCUCACUUUUAGAGAUUAGGAGACCCUUUGUGGAAGAGUGAACUUCACAAAUAGCACAAGUUCAGAAGACACAGAGGAUGUCUUCUCACACACCACACUGUGACGCGGAACUGCCAUUGCAGGGUCAAUCACCAGGCACUUGCACAUGUAGAAACCCAUAGACUUUGGUUACUGCUAUAUUCCCCUUGAGAUCCUUGCUGGGUGCCGACCAGGAUUUCAUGUGAGGGCCAGGGAUGCACAGGCCUGGUCAAUCUUUGGCUGAUUGAAAGAGCCUCAGUAAAGAGACAAGGAGAGAGGGAAAGGGCAGAAUGAAAAAAAAAAAUGAACCAACAUUUUUGGCUCCUUGGGAUCAGAGAGAGCCAGAGUAGCAGACGGUCUCAUGCCCAAAAGGCUACCCUUCAAGAUAAGGGAGCCCUGAGGGUCUUUGCAGGAGUUGAUCUUGCUGUGUAGAGCACUAUUGUCCCGGGGUUGAGCCCUGGGGCAGUUCUUGGUGGGUUCUGCUGGGCAGAACACAUGGGUUAAAUCUGUGUAGAGAGUUUUCCUCAUCCUCCAUCCACAAGUGUCCUUCCAAGCAAGGUCCCCCUCUAGACAGUAGACAAGGACCCUUCUACUGAACCUCCAAGGAAAAGAAGAAGGAAAAGAAGAAGUGCUUUUCAAAUCUUUCAAAGGGCUACAUGUAACCAUCUGGAUCGACCACAUCUACACCCUCCCAGACUCCGUCCUUUCAUUUCAACAUAUAGCAAGCUAUGAUUUUAUAUAUAAAUAUUAUAUAAAUAUUGUAUAAAACAUUAAAAGUUAACUAUGUAAGAUAUUAUUUCUGAAACAGUUUUAGUUAUAUCCACUAUGAUUAUAAACUGUGUCUCGACCUGUGUUAUUUACAUUAGCUGCUUAAAGGAGCAUUGAGUUGUUUUUUUUUUUUUUUAAUCUCAACUAAAGAUAUAGUUCUGUGGUAGCCAUUGUUUUACAAUGAAAUAACUGCAACUAGAGAAAAAAAACUGUAUAAAAACAUUAAAUUGUCAGUAUUUUUGUAAGAUUCCGUUUUGUAAAGAGAAUAAUAUUCAAACACUUUUGUGGCAUACAAAGUAAAAAAAUGUGUAUCUGAGAAACUAAACAUGUAUUAAAUGUGCUUUUUAAAUAAAAGCUCAUAACACAACUAA